ACACAAACAUAACUGAGAAUAAGAGAGAGGAGAGAGAAAUGCAUAUUUUCAUAGCACAACAUUGCACGCAAAUUCUCAGGUAAGAUGGGUGGGAUUGAAGAGAAGAGCUUUCGGCGCUGAAAGAGAAGAGAGAGAGAGAUGGGGUACCUCAUUAAUCCCAGAAGCAUGCAGGAGACCACCAAUGGCGCUGGCCCCUGCACCCACAAAUAGAGAAGCAAUCCCAAAAGCUUUGAAAGACAUCAGGCCAUCCCCACACCCCCUUCUGACGAGAAGUUUGGGAAGUCAGCUUCCCCAUGGCUCGAAGAAACCCCUCAAUCACUUUUUUCCUGAUUUUAUUGACUGUGGUGCAAAAAGGUGGGGUUUUGGGGGACUUCCCAAUGGUGGUGAGCACAUGGCCCUUUAAAGAGGCAGUUAGAGCAGCUUGGAAGGCAGUUGAUAGGGGGCUCUCUGCUUUAGAUGCAGUUGUAGUGGGGUGCUCAGCUUGUGAGGAGCUUAGAUGUGAUGGCACUGUUGGGCCUGGUGGGAGCCCAGAUGAGAAUGGAGAAACCACAAUCGAUGCAAUGGUCAUGGAUGGGACAACAAUGGAGGUUGGUGCUGUUGCAGCAAUGAGAUAUGUCAAAGAUGGCAUCAAAGCUGCACAAUUAGUUAUCAAACACACCGAACACACUCUACUUGUGGGGGAGAAAGCCUCUGAAUUUGCCAUUGCCAUGGGCCUUUCAGGACCUAUGAACCUGAGUUCAACAGACUCUAUGGAUAAAUGGAUGAAAUGGAGGGAAAAUUCUUGUCAACCCAACUUCCGUGAGAAUGUCUUCCCUAUCAAAGGUUGUGGCCCUUAUAGUCCAAUUAGUGCAGCAUCUGGUUUGAGAGAUGAUCCUAAGGGAUUACACUUAGGGGAAGGGAACUGUGGAGUAAGUGAUCCAUUAAGAACUGUGUCUUCGAGAUCUGUUCCUGUGGGCCCCCGUAACCAUGAUACCAUCUCCAUGACUGCAAUUGAUAAAGAAGGACACAUUGCUGUUGGUACAUCAACAAAUGGAGCAACUUUCAAGAUCCCUGGUAGGGUGGGUGAUGGGCCAAUUGCAGGAUCUGCAGCGUAUGCUGAUGAUGAAGUCGGAGCUUGUGGUGCAACUGGGGAUGGUGACAUCAUGAUGCGCUUCCUUCCAUGGUAAUCUUUGUGUGCGUGUGUAUGAGAGAGAGAGAGAGAGG